GUCUACCCACAACGGAUUCUGGCGAGCAGCGCAGCAAGUGGAUGUAACCAGUCCUGGACGGACGGUCAAUCCGGUGUCUUGUGAACCGCUCGCUCGGUCAGGAUUGAUCGGUUGGAUUCGACGCGUGAGCAAAGUCGCCGGGAAGAAAACACGACGGAGGAAAAAAGUGAUCUAGCCGGUGAGAAAAUUUCGGAUUACCCUUUUCUCGCGAGAUUUCGUGAGGCAGGGCUUAAGAAGAAUACAAUGUCAGCAGCCGUGAGGGAGCGAACGACGACGCACACAAGCAGAAAGCUCGUGAGUCAUGGCGGUCCUAUAUCUGGCCAGAGAGACGGAGCAGCCACGGCCAGCAGCCUCGAAAACAACUUGGACGCACUUCUCGAGGAUCUGCAGACGAGUGUCUCGAGAAGUGCUACUCCUAGCAGAGACAGAACACUCUUGCCUCAAGUUGAAUACAGGGUAGCCGCCAACCCCGCCAGAGUGAUCACCGAGGGCAGAUCCGUGUCUCCAACUCGUUCGAGGGUGACUACCACCGAAAAAUUCGUUAGUAGCGGUCCAAUUGGCACAACAAGUGGUAUACCGGGAUUGGAACAUCUGGACGCAGAGUUACAAGAUGUCCAACCUGGUCAAACCAAAACGGUAGCCUACAAGCAGGUGUCGUACCACUACAACAAGGAUUUGGAUGGAAAACCAGAUUCAUGGGGCAUAUCAGAGAGCAAACAGCCUCUCACUGGCGCGCCCUUGAUAGACGACAUUCAUGAAAGGACUUAUGAGGAAACUAAAGCUCUAGCGAGUCCAUAUUCAUAUCAAAGUCUAGAACCGGCUAUUAAGAAAACCGUGGUUAACAGAGAAUUGGUCUAUGGCGACAGCUCAACAUCUCGUUCGAAACAAACUUCCCCUCUGCCAGGAACCCAAAGAGAUGUCAAAAUCAUUCACGAAUCCGAUUACCAAACUGAACCACGAUCGACUCAAAGCACGCAAGAAUACAAAAGCAUCGAGUACGGAGUACCGGUCCCGUCGCCAAGUCCAUCGAUACCGAUCAAUCUGGCACCCGGUCCGAACACAAAGGUAACUACCACCAUUAAGACGUACACCUACGAACUACCGGGAGCGCCGGAGACGUACCUACCAGGUAGCAACGUACCAGGGAGUGUCAAGCUGCCCGGUGAUCAAAUGAUCACGUACACCGUACCAAGAACCAGCGGCACCACCACAGACAAGACAAUCACCUAUCAGACCAUGACGGAGACCGGACAUCCUGCUACACCGGUCAGAUACUCGCCAACUGACGUCACUGAGAAAUCCAAAACUAUACAUAAGGAGACGAAGUUCUAUCGCGAGGAUCACCAGCCUUCUUACACUUAUCGCAGUGCUCCGCCAACGAACAACCUGGAAAGCAAGACCACCGUGACCGAGAAGUAUUACCAUGCCGAUAAUUAUCCUAAUGGCCAUGGACCAAGCGAUCGUACGGACUAUUCUGGGACCAUCUAUCAAAAUCAAUCGUCUACCGGCGUAAACGAGACGCACACCAGAACCAUUAAUCGAUACGAAGAAUACAGAUCUGGCAGACCACCGUCCGGUGGACGUUAUCCCGACAAACCAGAUACUCCGACAAGGACUUAUUAUCCGCGGCAAGAAACAUCACCGACUGGUACAACGAUUUAUAAAUUUUCGAAUACUACGACGACAGUACCACCGAAUAAGAACGCUGACGACCACGAAGUCCUCUUGCCGAAACCGUUUCCAGUUAGUGUGUGUCCUGCUAAACCUACUGCCAAUGGCGAAGGACCACCUACGAAAUUGGAGGACCUCAUGGCUUCGUUCUCUGACUCUGAGCGAGAGGUAUUGGAUGAUAUAGAGAGACAAGAACGUAAAAGCAAAAGGGAAACAUCGGCUAAGAAAAAAGAAGUUGAUUUUCUUCCACAUACACCACCGAAAGUUAAAAGCAAGAAUGUCGCUGGACCGCCGGUCUAUUAUCCUCCUGGUUCGGCAGAAUUUACCAAGAAAGAAGAAUCUAGCGCAGCCAUGUCACAAUCUGGCGGAGAGUGGCAAAAAGCCAGUGAAAAAUAUGAAUAUGAAGCGGCUAGCAAAAGUAAAAGCAAAAGUAGCAAAGGAGGUGCUGUCGUUCCAGUUUGCCUUCCAUUAUGCUGCGCGGUGCCAUGCGUCAUUAUGUAACUUAUUAUUGUAUUAACAAAUUAAAAAGAACGAUACACGAUACACAAACAUACACACGAUAUAUAUUUGUCAUCAUAAUAUAAUUAAAAGCAAUUAGAGAAAUUAAUACAAAAAUAUGUAGCCUUAGAGCAGAGUUUUAUAACUUUCACCAUUUUUCUUCUUGCCAGUGUAAGUAUCAUUUAUUUGAAUUGUUUGUUCUGCUUCUUUUUUCUUUAAAUCAUAUAACUAUCUCACUUUAAAAAAAUAUACUUAAAAACAGUUCUAUAUAUGUUAAUAUUUAAUACAUGAAAGAUUAUGUAAUAAGCAAAUAAUCAAAACAAAUCAUGCUAUUACGUAAAAGCGAACAUCGUUAAAAUACGCUGUGUUAACAUAUUUAUAAAUAUAGCAAGAAUAUUUUGGGAA